ACUUCCGCCUCUAAAGCGAGCAGCAGCGUGUUGGCGCAGGAAGUGUCGGUGAUGUGGGAGCCGCGGAUCGGCUGCGUGAGGCGCACUGUGCGUCGGGACUCGUUCAUCCAAGCUGUUGACAUUACACGAUCUUGAGGAUCUGGGAACUUUACGCACAGAAGCUGGUGGAUGAGGACACACCUGAAGGCGUUUCCCUUUUUUGGGUGGAUUUUUGCUGUUGUUUUUGUUGCUCCACCUGUUGAUGUUUCCUAAAACGGACCCAUUCUUUGUGUCGGAUGGACGCGCGCAAGUUUCGGAUGACCGGUAGCAGCCGUCGGCGUCAGAUUACGCGCAGGUGAACGCUUCAGCAUGGGGAACCAGAUGGACAAGCUGUCACAUUUAAGUUACGCGGAAGUUCCCACCGUGGAUCCGGCCGGUUUGGACUUGGAUGACGGUCCACGGAUCGGGGUGUCCUACAUAUUUUCCAGCGACGAUGAGCUGGAGGACGGCUGCGCGCUCGACGGCUCCGAAAAGGAGCCAAAUCAGGAAGAGGAGCACUUCGAUCAGCGCGACGAGGUGGAGUGCAGCGUCUACCACAGAGAGGAGUGCAUCUAUGAGAGGACGCGCCUGGAGGAGGUCUACUCCCCGGAGAACCUGCUGAACAAAUGCAAAGCGGGGGACUUGGUGGAGUUCGUGGCCUCUGGGCAGUACCCGCACUGGGCCGUGUACGUGGGGGACUUCCAGGUGGUGCACCUGCACCGAGCUGAAGUGAAGAACAGCUUCCUGACGGAUGCGAGCCAGGGGAGGAGGUGCCGGAUCGUCAACGACUCGUACAAAUUCAAGCCGCUGGGUUCGGACAUGGUGGUGCAGAACGCCAUGGAGCAGGUGGGGCUGAAGGACCGGGAGCUGAGCUGGAGGAACUCCGAGUGCUUCGCAGCCUGGUGCCGGUUCGGGAGGAGGGAGUUCAAGAUGGGGGGAGAGAUCCGGAUCGGGAAGCAGCCGUACAGGCUGAAAGUCUUCAUGUCGGACAAGCACUCGCACGUGCUGGAGUUCCAGAGCUUGGAGGAUGUGAUCACGGAGAAGAGGAGGAACGAUCACCUGGGCAGGACAGCCGCGCUGCGGGAGCUGGCCUGUCAUUACAGGAAUGUGGAGGAGAGCAAGAAGCAGCCAGGAGCUCAGUAACGUGCAGGCAGCUCUCCUAAAACUGUAGCAAACUCUACUAUAGGUUUAAUUCUCCACGAUUUCCUGCGUUUGCCUUAAUUAUUCAUCAUCUAUGGCCUUAUAAAUUCGAUUUAACCCUUUUAACACCUGAGAUGUCGCCGGCGACGCCUCAACAACAAUCUUUAACACACCAUAAACUCAUGUUGAUGACGUGCAGGGGCGGACUUACCAUUAGGCAAAGGUAGGCGAUAGCCAGGGCCCCCUAAUGUUUUGAAGCCCCGAGCUAAACACUUUAAAACACUGGUGUAAAAAACAAGGCCAAAUCCGCCAGAUGGUUUAAUCCGGCCCAGUUGUGAAGAAUAAAAAUAAAAGAAUGUUGAAAAAAGAAAUGUAAUUUUCUAGACUAUUCCUGAUGGUUCUUUAAAAAAAAUGCACAAUUCCGCCACUAGAGGGAGCAAAGGAAAAGCAACGCAAGUACUGUACAAGCACGAGCCACAUCUUGGUAAGAUGCCAAAAUUAACAAUUUUUUGGUCAAAUGAAUCUUAUAUAAAAUUAGUCUCCGUGAAUGAAUGUGUAACAAUUAGAGGUUAGGUUACUAGGUUGGUUAAGGCAUUUUUUCCAACUGAGAAAAAUAAAUAAAACAAAAACAAAGCUACAGAUAACAAGUUGACCAUAGAUUAUUUUGCCAUUAUAUUACUGGUCCGGCUCACUUGAGAUCAGACAGGUUGAAUGCGUCUCGUGAACCAAAAUGAGUUUGAAACCCCUGCUUUAAAAAAAUUCUAAAUUAAUUUCCACGCCUGUUAUGGUUUAACUCUGUCAUAAAAAAUUCAAAUAAAUGAAAUAAGACUGAAAGUGUUUUGUCCUCUCCCAUCUUUAGAUAGACUAUUCCAUCAACAGCAGAUAAAAUAUAAUUUUUAACAAUUAAAUGGGAUUUUACUCUUUUAAUACACAUCAAAACAUCUUGACAAUGUUCAAAAGUGGACUAGUAAAGAAGCUAUUUGAUGGAUGUUUUUUAAAGAAAUGAUUAAUACAACCGCUGCAAACGACCCGAUAUUAUUGUUCACCUGGGCCCCAAACUGCUAAGUCCGUCACUGAUUGUGUUAACGGUUGUAAAUUUAAUUAAAGAACAUCAACGCUAGAGCUCCGGUGUUAAAGAGUUAAAUCGGCACCUUCUGCCCUCAUAAAGCUCUCCAAACAAGUCAUAAAGGAGUGAAAUAGAGCGAACUCUGCUGUAAUUAUCCCUGAUCACAACUUGAUCCUAUAUUGAUGUUUAAUUUAACCUCUUGGCUCAGAAAAAACUGCAGCAAACCUUUUAUUUUUUUUUUAAAGAUCAUUUUUGUAUCGGCAGACCACAGUUUGGACUAAAAGCUCCCUGGAAAUGUAGGUAUGCAUCUUCAUCACUCGAGUGAAUAAACUUCAAGGAGGUGCAGUAUGUUGUUUGCAUUUUGUGCACAUUUUUGAUCAUGUGUCAUCAUUAUAAAUGUAAAAAAAAAAAAAAAACGAGUCAUAUUUGAGAUUAAAUAUGAGAUGUUUAGUAGAAUUGUUUUUUAAUGGACAAAAACAGUCAUUUUUUAUCAUUUAAAGUUUUAUUUUGAAAACUAGUGUGGGAAUCAUUUUUGUGAGAUUUAGUUAUUAAAGCAACUUCAUAAAAUCCUCUUUUAAAACAUGUCAAUGUUUGUAUGUUACUAAAUAAUAAAAAGAACAGCC